AUGAGCAAUUCCUCAAACCAGCAAUAUUUUUCAUCAUCAAAACAGAAACAAAAUCAGGGUUCACGACGUUCGACAACAACGUCGUCUGCAUUAGCGUUGCUGGCAUUUUUGUUCUUUUUAAACGUAUUACAGAGAUCAUUGGAUGAUAACAAACAAGGGCCAAUUGUGAUGACUCGCACAACAAUAAAGCAUGCAAUACCACGCAAUGAUUUAACCAAAAAUAAACAAAUUAAAACUACAACUCGAAAUAAUAUUUAUGUAACAAAGUAUGAAAACAUUUUUAAUAAAUAACUAAAAUUAAAUUAAAAUCAUUGUAACAGAAUAACAUUAUGCAU